AUGUGGGCGCUGCGGGCGCUGUGCCUGGCCGGGCUGGGGGCGGCCAUCGGCGGCGGCGCGGCGGACCAGUGCAGCUGGAGGGGCAGCGGGCUGUCACAGGAGGCUGGCAGCGUGGAGCAGCUGUCCCUGCACUGUGCCGAGGGCUCGCUGGAGUGGCUGUACCCCACGGGGGCCCUCCGCCUCCGCCUGGCCCCCCGCCUGCCCCCCACCAGCGCCGCCGUCAAGGGCAGGAGCCCCCCGCACGUCACCGCCUGCAUCAAACCCACCGGGACCUUCCGGGGGGCUCAGCUCUAUCUGGAGAGGGAGGGGGGCCUGGAGCUGCUGCUGCCAGAGGCCCCCCGGCCCCACGCCCGCUGCUUCAGCUGGCUGCCCCAGGAGAAGGUGGCUCUGUUCCUGCAGGCCACCCCGCAGCCCGACAUCAGCCGCCGCAUCGCCGCCUUCCGCUACGAGCUGCGGGGGGACUGGCUGGCCCGGCCCGCGCUGCCCACCGCCAGCCUCGGCGCCGAAGGUGCGUGCCGGCCGUGCAAUGACACCGAGAUCCUGAUGGCCAUUUGCACUAGUGACUUUGUCAUCCGAGGCAGCAUCCGGAGCGUCUCCAACGACGCAGAGCUGCAGGAAUCCAUCAUCGGGGUGAGCGCCAUGCGCAUCCACCGCCAGAAAUUCCCGCUCUUCCAGGCGGGCGGGCGGGCGGGGCGGCCGGUGGGCAGCAUCCGCACCCCGCUGCGCUGCGGGGUCCGGCCGGGCCCCGGCACCUUCCUGUUCACGGGGUGGCUGCACUUCGGGGAGGCCUGGCUGAGCUGCGCUCCCCGCUACCGGGACUUCCAGCGCAUCUACCGGGGGGCCCAGCGCACGCGCCAGAACCCCUGCGAGUUCCCCGCGGACUGAGCGGCUCCGGGAGCGCGGCCCGGUGCCGUGGGUGCCGGGGGACCGCGGUCCUGCCGUCACCGAGAGCAUCCCCGGGGACACGGGGACGGUGCCCGGAGGGAGGGCGGCACACGGGCCUCGCCACGGGGCCGGGCUGGGGCAGCACCCGCCGGCGGGCUGGGGGGUUCUGGGAAAAUCCUGCUGGAAGGGAAGGGAUUUUCCCAGGGUGCCCAGGGAGCUGCCUGGGUGAGGGGUGCAGCAGAAUGGGGUCGGGGCUCCCAGGGGACCGGGGUGCUGCAUGCUCAGGGGAUGCUGUGGGCACAGUGGGUCUGGCACCGGGGGGGCAGCCGGACCCCCGGCCCCCGGCAGGGCUCGGGGGCGGGUGGCCGCGGUGGCCGGUCCAGGGACACGGUAGGCACAG